GCCGGUACCGGGGAUGAAGCGACGCGCGCCGCUGGGAAGUGGGUGAGGAGCGCGGUUCGGUCCAGCAGCGGUGGAGAGGGGAGUGGCUGGGGCCUCUCGGCGGGGUCCUAAGCCACCGUUUGGGAGCGGCUGCGGUGAAGGCGGGAGUGGGACCCUACUGCCGAUGCCCAGCAUGGACGAUUACACGGUCCUGAGCGUGAUCGGCCAAGGCUCCUUCGGCCGGGCUCUUCUGGUUCGGCAGGAAAGCAGCAAUCAGAAGUUUGCCAUGAAGGAAGUAAGACUUCCCAAGUUUUUUUUUCCAGUCUUUCUCUGACACACAGAAGUCUAGGAAAGAGGCUGUUCUGCUAGCUAAAAUGAAGCACCCCAAUAUUGUUGCCUUUCAAGAGUCAUUUGAAGCUGAAGGGCAUCUGUAUAUUGUGAUGGAGUAUUGUGAUGGAGGGGACCUAAUGCAGAAGAUUAAACAGCAGAAAGGAAAGUUGCUCCCUGAAGAUACGAUACUUAACUGGUUCGUACAAAUUUGUCUUGGAGUAAAUCACAUUCACAAGAAACGUGUGUUACACCGAGAUAUCAAGUCCAAAAAUGUCUUCCUCACCCAAAAUGGAAAAGUGAAACUGGGAGAUUUUGGCUCCGCCCGUCUUCUCUCCAGUCCCAUGGCCUUUGCAUGUACGUACGUGGGAACGCCUUAUUAUGUGCCUCCAGAAAUUUGGGAAAACCUGCCCUAUAACAAUAAAAGUGACAUCUGGUCCUUGGGAUGCAUUCUAUACGAACUCUGUGCUCUGAAGCAUCCAUUUCAGGCAAAUAGUUGGAAAAACCUUAUCCUGAAAAUAUGUCAGGGGCCCAUCCCCCCACUGCCAGCUCUGUAUUCCGAUAAGCUUCACUUCCUUGUCAAGCAGAUGUUGAAAAGGAGCCCUUCCCAGCGCCCCUCCGCUACCACCCUGCUUUGCAGAGGCAGUUUAGUGCCACUCGUCCCAAAGUGCUUACCCCGGGAGAUCAUCAGAGAAUAUGGAGAGCAGAUACUGGAUGAAACCAAACUAUCUGAGCCCAAGAAACCAAAAAAAGAAGCAUCAGGUAGCCCAUCAGCGCCACAGAAGAACGCUACUCCAGAAAGCCCUCACAGGCAGCAGUGGGAGAGCCAUGUUCCCGGUCCAGCUCUAGCAGCUUUGGAAAAGGCACCCAUCCUUACCUCCAGUUUCACAGCCGAGGAUGACAGAGGUGGCUCUGUAAUAAAGUACAGUGAAAAUCGUGCCCGUCAGCAGUGGCUCAAAGAGCCCCCCGAGACUUUGCUGUCAAUGCUGAAGGGUGCUGAUCUCAGCCUGGCGUUCGAAACGUACACAAUAUAUAGACCAGGUACAGAAGGAUCCUUGAAAGGCCCCCUUUCUGAAGAAACAGCAUCAGACAGUGUCGAUGGUGACCAUGAAUCCGUCAUUCUGGAUCCGGAGAGAUUUGAACCUCGGCUGGACGAGGAAGACACGGACUUUGAGGAAGAUGAUGAAAACCCUGACUGGGUGUCAGAACUAAAGAAGCACGUGGGAUGGAAGGACACGCCUGAUGGAAACCCCGCGGAGCAUGUGCCUGAGCCAUGUGGGGGGAGACACUGAUGCCUGGAAACGGGGUGACGACUGAGAAAAUGUACCAUAAGCUUAAAUAACAACCCAGAACCCUUGUGAGCUUUUUUAACACAAGGGAGGUCUAGAGAUGCUGUGUCCUUGCAUUCCGGUAGAGCAGAGGUGAAAUGCUAGCCUGCUGGCUAACGCUGUGUGUGAUAAUAGGAAGUUACUUAGCUUCUGUGCUCCCUCGUUUUCUCAACUCUCCAGGGAGAAUAACAAUGCCUACCUCAUAAGAACGCUGACCAAGACUAUUAUAGCAACCCAUGUGUUUGUAUCCACGGUUACUAUGUGACACUCGGACGUUUCCUAAAGCGAUCUAAAUAUAUUAAAUUGUG